AAAUAUAAAAUUUUUUCAAAAUUUUACUCAUCUUUUGUUUACAAUAACUUUCAAUAUGGAGCACCAAUCACAAUAAAAUUUUCAGGAAGAGAGUUUCUAUCAAACAGAGUUCACGCAUAUAACGAAUCAUUGCAUUUCCAUGUCAAACGCAUUGAAAAACGCCGAAUACUUAUUAUACAACCUGAUUUUGAAUAAGAAUCCAGCUUAAGAACAUAUGUGUACUGCAGUUUAAGGUCUUCUGAGAAAAAGUACUCCAUACAAAUAUGGAGCCCUUUAGUGGUCUAAAUACUAGACGUCUCAAGCGAGAGCUUAGAGAAAUUAGAAAGAAUCCUCCGCCAUUAAUUUCCGCUGGUAUAGUAGACGAUAAUUUAACCAUGUGGGGAGCUACAAUACACGGACAGAAGGACUCAGUAUAUGAAAAUGGUGUAUUCGAGUUGAGCUUAUGCUUCCCACUAAAUUAUCCGUUUGAGCCACCAGUAGUAACGUUCAAAACAAGGAUUUACCACUGCAAUAUUAAUUCGCAUGGGAUGAUAUGCCUAGAUAUUUUAUCUAAGAAAUGGAGUCCAGUCUUAACAGUUUCACAUAUCUUGGUCUCUAUUAGUUCGUUGUUGCUGGAUUGCAACCCAUAUGAUCCUAUUAAUAAGCAAAUCGCUAGACAAUAUAUUCAUAAUAGAGAGCUACAUGAUAAGACUGCACGCGAAUGGACCAAAAAGUAUGCCACUCCGCCGGAAUAAUUAUAAGAUUAGAAGAAAAUUUGCAAAAAUUAAUUUUAAUAACAGACCACCCCAUAAAUAUUCAUUGUUAAAUUCAUUGUUCAUUGUUAAUCCUUAACUAAGAAAAGAGAGAUAUUGGAUUGUGAAGAAAUUUUGGGAACAUUUAUGAAAUGUCUAAGGUGUCUAAUAAAAUUACAUGUGAAAUCUUAGUUUUAAGUUAAGGAAUUCUACAAAAUGGUUAGCAUAUGAACUUCAAAUUAUUGGUACAUAAACUAAAGAAGGACUCACAGGAAAUAGUAGUUAACGUAACCAAACAUGAGUUCAAAACUUAAUUUAUGAGAGACAAAAGUAAGACCGAAAAGGAACUUCAAAAAAUGGCUACUAAUUCUUCUAAAUUUUAGGUUUCAAAACGUGAGAAGUGGACAAUUUUUAUCUCUCUUUUUUCGAUUUUAGAAAAUUUUUAUCAAGUAUUUCAUUACCAUACAAUAAAUACAGAAUAUAAAAAAUUA